AUGUCGCGGCCGGGCCCAACCCGAAGAUCUGUGAGUUACCAGGAGGGCAGUCAAAGUUAUCGAUUCCGUUACGAAGACGAAUCGACUAAACCAACCGUGCUUCAAGGUGAAACUUCCACUGACGGCGACGACGGUGUCAACAUUACAUUCCCGACGCUCGUGAUACACAAUGUACAGAACCAUGACAGAGCACGCAUCACCAUUUCACCAGUUACAGCCAACGAACCAUUUAGAGCUCAUCCUAACACUCUGAUGGGCAGUGGUUGUCAAUCAAAAGUGUUCUCAAGAGACGUAAAGGUCCAUCCAGGGAAUAAUACGUUUGUAUUCAACGACCUUCGCAUUAUAAGGACAAAGACAGAAGAUUGCGAUGCCGAGCUAGAGGCCAGAAAAAAUCUGAGAAUUGAUCCCUUCCAACAGGGGUUCAAUCACGUGCCUAACGAUGACUACAAGCUUACAGCGAUACGCCUGUGUUUCCAAGUGAAGCUGCUCAGUAGUAACAAAAUAUUGAAGCCGAUCGUGUCUACCCCAAUCUAUAACACGAGGGAAUCUACAAAGGCACAGAUCGUCCGGUACUCCGCCAGAUCAGGAAGUGCUAAGGGCGGGGCUGAAGUUAUUAUCUUGUGUAAUGUAAUGAAGGAAAAGCCUGAUGUGGUGUUCUACACAAAGUCCACUAGCAACGAACCGCCGUGGGCGAAACAUGCAAUGGGUUUGAAGGUGCACAGCUCUCAGGCGAUGUACUGCUUCGCGCCGCCAUAUCGGGACAUAGAGAUCAAGGAAAAAGUUACCGUCUACUUAGAAUUGAGGAGAUCGGACGGCACUCGAAGCGAUCCUGUGGAAUUUCAUUAUUUGCCGGAUGAUACUGAAGAGGAGCUUCUGAACAGGAAGAAGCUGAAAGUGAUUGACCCAGCUUUAAGCCUUUUACACGAUGAGAACUAUCAGAGUUCAAAAAACCUCUUCUCGCCACCGAGCACUGAGGAUUUGCACAAGCUCCUCGAUUCUCUGCCCUGUAACAACUCAGCUGCAACCGAUAACGGUGAUGUGAAUAUGCAAAGUAGCUUCUUCGAUCAAAUUAUAUCAACCCCAAAUCCAAGUUAUAAUGAUACACGCUGUUUAGGAGAGAUACAGGCCUCCAUAAAUGAAAAUACGACAAAUCCCUUCAUCGCAAAUGUGCCAGGACCAUCCCAUUUCAAUCGUGAAUUUUACAGACACAACUCUAUCAAUUUGCCAGUUUUACAUAACGACCAAAUGAACUCGGCAAUUAUGAAUGGCAACCUAUGGACACCAUCGCAUAUGCAACCACAUUUGCACCAUUUAUUACAAAAUGCGCCAACAACGCUAACGGACACCGGCCAAAUAUCACACAACGUACCAGCUCAAUCAAAUACUUUGUUUACGCCACAAGGGGACAUGCAAGCGAUUCAUGCGGGGCCACCCGAGCAGCAUAACUGGUACGAAAUGUCAGAAAACAGGCAGUGGAUGUCACCAAAUAUACAGUUUUCCUCAAAUAAUGUUCAAUCUCGUAAUGCAUAUGCCGAGGGUCUUUGCAGAAAUAGUCGAAAUUCCAAUCUAACAGUAAAUGACACUGAAGAUGGAAAAGAAGAGGAUGUAGAACUUAACUUUGUUAAUAUAGACCGUCUACCUGACAUCUAUUCAGACGACCUAUAUUAAUUAUAAGGACAUGAAAUAUGUAGUUUAAUUUGAAUAAAUAUUAGACACUUAAGAUUUCUCGCUCCUUAUAGACAAGACGAUGUCCGUGCCCGUCAAGGUCUUGGGACCAAUGCCGUUAAAU